AUGUCAAGACCUUUCCAACCUAUAAGUGAUAUUAUUAACACUGGUUCAAGACACAAACAACAGUCAUUCAAUGAAAUAUAUGGCGAACCCGAGAAUUUUUUGGAAAUAGAAGUUAGAAAUCCUCGUACAUAUGGUGUGGGCCGAGACGUUUUUACGGAUUAUGAAAUAGUUUGUAGAACCAAUAUACCUGCGUUUAAGAAAAGGAAUAGUCGGGUCCGCAGGAGAUACUCCGAUUUUGAAAGAUUUAGGAAAAUUUUAGAACAAGAAACUACUAGGGUGAUAAUACCUCAACUUCCUGGAAAAAUCUUAUUAAAUUCCAACAAAUUCAAUGAAAUAAAUAUCGAGAAGAGAAGACAAGGACUUGAGAAGUUUAUAACUGGAGUAAGUGGCCAUCCUCUUUUACAAACUGGUUCCAAGACAUUGAUUGAGUUUAUACAAGACGAUAAAUGGGAGCCAAAAGGUUAUUUUUAA